AUGAAUAGUGGGUUCCCACGUAUUUUGAGCAAGAAACUUUUUACGCUAAAUCAAUCGCAGUUCUUUGUCAAGAAUGGCAUGGUCCCAUUGAAAGCAGGCAUUUCUGGCCCUAAGCUUUUGAAGUACACUGUUGGGAUAGCCAUUGGUUCAUUUGCGGGAUUCUAUUUCUCCAAUUCGAGGUCUGCUUUCCAUGAGUACGUCUUGUGCCCGAUGUUGAGACUUGUAACGCCAGAUGCUGAAGAUGGGCAUAAAUUAGGUAUCUGGUUCUUGAAGAAUGGGUUGGCUCCAAGAUUAUGGUUCGAUAACGAUGAUAAGGUAUUGAAUGUGAACAUUUUUGGUAAGAAAUUGACCAAUCCAAUUGGUUGUGCUGCCGGUUUGGAUAAAAAUGGUGAUGCCAUCGACGGUAUACUUUCCGGAGGAUUCGGUUAUAUAGAGAUUGGUUCUGUGACUCCAUUACCACAACCAGGAAACCCAAGACCUAGAUUCUUUAGAUUACCUUUGGAUGAUGCUGUUAUCAACAGAUACGGUUUCAAUUCAUCCGGCCAUGACACCGUUGUCAACACAUUACAAUCCCGUAUUACCAGUUUCAUCAACAGUUACAUGUUUAAGGACAAUUCCGUUGAAAACUUGUCCUUAUACAAAGACAAAUUGUUGGGGGUCAAUUUGGGUAAGAAUAAGACCGGUGAUGAAGUGCAAGAUUAUUUGAAAGGUGUAGAAAGCUUUCAAAAGUACGCAGAUGUUCUAGUAAUUAAUGUGUCUUCUCCAAAUACCCCGGGUUUGAGAAGUUUACAAAAAGAAUCCAUCCUUACUGAUCUAUUGACCCAAGUCGUUGCCAAGAGAGACUCAUUGGUUACAUCUGGUAAUGCAUUAGGUGCUAAGACACACAAACCUCCUGUAUUGGUUAAAGUUGCCCCAGAUUUAGUAGAAGAAGAGAUCAAAUCUAUUGCUGAAGCUGCCAAGAAAUCCAAAGUCGAUGGUAUCAUCAUUUCAAACACAACGAUCCAAAGACCUACUACAUUGAUAACAGAGGACAGUGACCUUGUUUCCCAAGCUGGUGGGUUAAGUGGUAAACCACUAAAGCCAUUAGCAUUGAAAGCUCUUAAGACCAUGGCGAAAUACACCAAGGGCUCAGGUCUAGUCCUAGUCGGUUGCGGUGGCAUUUCCUCUGGUGCAGACGCAAUUGAGUUUGCAAAGGCAGGCGCUUCAAUGGUCGAACUAUAUACCGCAUACGCUUACAAGGGACCAGGGUUAAUUGCUAAGAUCAAAGAUGAAACCACUGAGCUAUUGAAAAAGGAAAACAAGACGUGGUCCGAAAUCAUUGGAGAAGAUAUCAAAUAA